UUUCAGAGGGCAAAGUCAAAACAGAGCAAAAACCGAAACUGAACAGCGAAGACAGAUGUAUGUGCUCCAAAGGUGGAUUUCAAAAUGGAAUCAAGUUGGGUUUCGAGACGAAGAAACUGGACCGAAGUGUUAGCUUCGAUCAUCGUUAUUAUCACUCUUAUUGAGUUCUUCCCCCAAAUCGACGCAGCUUGUUCUUCAUCGUGCGGUAAAAUCACCAACAUAUCGCAUCCAUUUCGCCUGCAAGGUGAUCCCAAACGUUGCGGAGACAAGAAUUAUGAGUUACAGUGUAUCUACGGCGGCGGCGGUUCCGGCGACAACGAUGUCCUCGUAUUGCCCAUUCUCUCCGGCGAAUUCUAUGUGCAGUCGAUCAACUACACAUUCUCCAGCAUCCGACUGGUUGAUACAAACUUCCAUGAUGAUCGCUCCAAUAAUUGCUCCUCCCUCCCUCGCUACGUCCUUCACGCCGGGAAUCUCAGUAGCUCCGGCAUCAUCUGGAGUCUCGGAUACCCUAAUUUUGAAGUGAUAUACAUAAAGUGUGAAAGAGAAAUAAGGGACAAUCCGUAUUACGUCAGCACCGAUCCAUGCUUGUCGGGUUCGCAUAUUUACGCAGUUCCGGGGAACAUAUCGUUCGCGGAGUUGGAGAUCGGCUGCCGCGCUGUCGCCGUCACGCCGUCGAAGAUUCCUAUGAUGAGUUCCUUAAGCUGCCGUACGUUGACAUCCACCGGAAUUUGCAGGCCGUUGGAUUCGAGAUUCUGUGGGGUUAUAAAACAUCAGUGCCCUCCUCUCACCUAAAGUUCGAAGGUAAGUAUUACCUUAAGUUAAAUUCUUUUUUUAAAUUUAAAUUGUGGGUUUGAAAUUAUGUCGAUCGUCUUUCAUUC